AUGGCAACCAUUAAUGCCGGCGUCAGCCUCUCAGCCCCACCAAGGGUCUUGGCCAAGGCACCGGAGCCAGCCAAGGUCCAGGCCAUUAAGACGCCGUGGAUUAGGAGAAGCAACCAGCAAUUCGGGCGGGGGCUUGUCCUACGGCUUCGGCCGGUGAAAGCAGCGCCGGAAGGGCUGUCGGAGAAGGUGGCGGAGAGCGUGAAGAACGCCGAGCAGACCUGCGCCGAAAACCCGGAAAGUGGAGAGUGCGUGGCGGCAUGGGAUGAGGUGGAGGAGGUGAGCGCGGCGGCCAGCCAUGCCAGGGACAGGAAGAAGGAGUCCGACCCGCUGGAGAAUUACUGCAAGGAUAACCCAGAGACCGACGAGUGCCGGACUUAUGAUAGUUGAUCCUGCCUGCCUGCGUCAAUCAACUCCCUUUAAAUUAGUUGUUAUUUGUUGUUGAUUUGUCAUAUGUACGACGAGACCUUGUUCUAUUUCGUGUUUCAGCAAUCUGCCAUGCCAUAAUCAUACCCCUACUGUCUCCAACAGUCAGUCGAUUACCUCAUACAUAUGUCAUACCCCUAUUGUCGAUUGAUAACCUCACACAUCAUAGUACAUACAUCUAGUUUUAGUCAAUAUCUAAUAAUAAGCGAGCGAAUACCAUCAUUAAUUUC